CACAGCUGAUCGCAUGUAAAUAGGGAAAUGCCAGUUAUCAGCAUUUCUCGCCUCAUGAGCUGUCACGCUGACAGAGGAGAGGAGAGCCGCCCCAGCAGCGCCACCUGUCAGUGUCCAUCAGUGCCAGCUCUCAGUGCUCAUCCAUGCCACCUGCCAGUGCCCAUCAGUGCCACAUCAAUGCCACAUAUCAGUGCCCAUCUGAGCUGCCUUUCAGUGUCACCCAUCAGUGCCAGUCAGUGCCACUUAUCAAUGCCAUGCGCAUCAGUGCCGCCUAACAGUGCCAGUCAGUGUCGCCUAACAGUGCCAGUCAGUGCCACCUAACAGUGCCAUAUAUGAGUUUUGCCUUUCAGUGCCCAUCAGUGA